GAUACAGGACUUGUUUCCGUAUUAUUUUGCGUGGUGUUUUAGUUCUUCCAACGAAGGUAGCGGUAACAAGAAGUUAUCAGUAGAUUGAUGGUAGGCUGUAUAUCUCCAGGAUAUCGUUCAUAUCGUUCAUUCAGCUAAGUUUGUUUGGUUUGCUGGAGUCACAGGACUGACUCAACAUCUGCAUAUCCAGCCAAUGCACUGAAGAAAUCUGCAGGAUACGUUUUGUUUUUGGAGAAUCUAGUGAAGCUGAAAUGAAGACCAAACAAUCUGAGUGGACCAAGGCAAACCUUCAAAGGCUUCUUGCUACAAUUAAAACCAAUAUCUCAGGCAACGACAGAAUGAGAGUAUUUUACCAAGGAAUAAAGAGUAUAGACUGGGAUGAAGUGGCUUUCCCCCCUUUCUCACCUGAAGCAUGUCAAAAAAAGUGGGAUGAAAUGUCUCGGAAGAUGCGCAAAUUUCGGACCCUCACAGAGCUCAUCGUUGAAGCUGAAGAUGUCAUUUCUGAUCCUAGCCAGAACCAAAAGAUCCAUCCAGAACUCCCGAAAACACCAUUGACACCCUCUGCCAUGUUUUAUAAGGAGAACGUCGCCAAGUUUCAUGAGAAGAAACCAAAACUGAAACAAAGGGAACUAAUGACGUUGGUACUGAAAGAGUACAAGGCACUCCCACGUGAAGAGAAGGCUAAAUAUGUGAAGAAAUACCAGCUUACAAAAGAAGAAUAUGAGAAAAGCAUGGAGAAGUUCAGGGAACAGUAUGAAGAUGCUCCUGUUCAUGGGGAGAAGAGGAAAAAUGUUUCUGAACACAUCCAAAAUGGCAAUAAAAGACAGGCCAAGUCUGGAAAGACAUUUCCUGGUGAGCCAAAGAUGCCCCCUCGGGCUGCCAAUCUAAUCUUCUACAAAGAAAGGUUGAAAAAAACAAACAACAGUAUAGCAAGAACAAGUGAAUACGACAGCAAUAUCCAUCACAUGUGGAAGGACCUCCCUAACAGGGAGAAGGAACGCUACAAGGAGCAAUGCGAUGACCUCUUCAGAAAAUACUCAAAGAAGCUGCAGAAUUGGUUUAAGACGUUGACAACAGCAGAACAGGAAGGCUAUCGGAUCUGUAACCCCAGUAAAUGUAAAUACCUCGAUGACAAACACUUCAAAACUAACAAUACAGAUAUGAACACAAUAUCAGAUUCAGAAGAUGAAGACAUCGAGUACAGCAGCAGUGAUGAAGGAGAAGAUGAAGAGGGGGAGGAGGAAGAAGAAGAUGGUGAUGAUGAUGAUGAUGAUGAUAUUAUAAUGUUUGAAAUCUAUUAAGAGGUAGAACCACAGCAGGAGAACCUCAGAACUCGAGUCUAAAUGUGAGAUGAGUGAGUUCAGGAGAAAACACUUUUAGGGAUUUAAAGAGUUUAACACUUAAAAAUUGUAGGUGAUCGAGCUUCAGAUUGAUUAAAUAGCGAGAAGCCAUUUGAGGAGAAAAAAGGUUUUUCAGGGCAUUUAAGGUGGGUCCUGCUUUAUUACCUACUCUAGAAGCCCUGUCUUGAAAAUAGGGUCCCUGUGCAAAAUUCAUGUUGUAAAACCAUUAUUCUGCUAAUAUUAUGCCUACACUGUGCAUGUUCCUAACCACACAACCAAGCUGAGCAUAGUUGUGUGGUUAUAUGCUGGAUUACUGGGGGCCCUCAAGCAAAUCAGAUGUUACUUGUGGAUAAAGGAUACAAGAAGACUGUGCCAGGGUUGUUGUUUUGUUUUGUUUUCUUUGAAACUUUUGAUUAGCCUUUCAAAAAAAAGUCAUGGUAGGCCUAAAAAUAUAAGUAUUUUUAACAUAGCUAUUUGAAAAGUAAUACUUUUUCUUCAAUGUUAAUAAAUACUGUUUUCAGACACAUAUAUUUCUAACAAAGUAUUUUUUAAACAAUGAUUCAUCUUUGAGAUUUUUUGUUAUAGUA